AUGAUCCGUUUCGCUUUCCGCAGAUUCAUUCCCGAAGAUUACAUUCAGUGUUUGGUCGAGUUCCGGCCACACUUCCUGUUCGUCGUACCGUCGUUGCUGCUGUUUCUGGCAACGCACCCGAAGAUAACGGCCGACCAUCUGGCAAGCGUCGAAGGGGUACUGGUCGGAGCGGCACCGGCCUCGCUUCAGCUGCAGGAAAAGUUCCGCCAGAAGGUGGGCCGCGAUAUUGACAUUGCGCAGGGCUACGGUAUGACCGAAAGCUCACCGGUCACCCUCUGCACGCCGUACCGGUACGAUCAGACGAAGGUUGGCACGUGUGGGCAGCUUUACCCGAAUACGGAGGCCAAAAUCGUGUCGCUCACCGACGGCAGUAACCAGGGGCCCCAUCAGACUGGCGAGCUGUACCUUCGGGGUCCCCAAAUCAUGAAGGGCUACCUAAACAAUGCGGCGGCCACCAAGGAGACGCUCGUCGAGGGGGGCUACCUUCGCACCGGUGAUGUUGCCUACUACGACAAGGAUGGAUUUUUCUUCAUUGUCGAUCGCACCAAGGAACUGAUCAAGGUUAAGGGAAAUCAGUUGAAAAAAAAUUCGUUCCAUUAA